AUGGCGAAGAGGAAAAAGACGAGUCGUAAGCCAGUCAUUCAUGAUGGAGAUCCAGUCGAGAUUUUACCUCCGGUAGCCAACGAGGCGGAGGUCUGUGAGCCAGAGGUUUGUGCGGCUUCUGCGAUUGAGCAGGAUGGAUUGAAGGUUUCUGAAACGCCUGGGUUUGGGUCUUCGCAGGACGACGAUUUGCGUCAUCGGGGUCAGAGAGAUCAGGAAAUCGGAGUGGAGGAUGUCGAUUCUGAACCAGAUGUUAGAUCUACGUCUUAUGUGAAUGGGACAGAUGAUAAUGAUAAAGGUGAAGGCGAUGAUUUUCAAUCUGAAUCUCAACAUCAUUGGCAACAAUUCAGGUCGAGUAAGCUCUCAUUCUCUGAGCCGAAAUUGGAAUUCACUGAACCCAUUUUCAAGAAUGGUCAGAAGUUGGCACAAGUAGACAUAGAAGAGGUUAAGAUUCAGUCUGCUAACUGGUCUGCUGCAGUCAUUUGCAUGUUUAAUGAUGAAGCGACUAGAGACCAUGUCUUAGAGAAUGGAAUCUUGCAAUUCGAUAAGAAACCUGUCAUUGUUAGACCUUGGACAACGGAUUUGAGUGCCAUUAGACUGAUUCGGUCGGUGCCCCUUUGGGUCCGUCUUCAAGACCUAGGAUUACAGUAUUGGGGAAGUAAGUGUCUAAGUGCGUUGGUGAGCACGAUUGGCAAACCAUUGCUAGUUGAUAAAUUCACUAGGGAACGAUCUCGGGUUCAGUUUGCGAGGGUCCUAGUGGAGAUGGAAAUAACAGAUGACCCUCCCCGAAGUUUACAGUUCGUCAAUAAAUAUGGUCAGAUUGUUGAGCAGGGGAUAGAGUAUGAAUGGUUGCCUACCAAAUGCAAGACUUGUUCUGGUUUUGGACAUUCCAUGGCAGAUUGCCGCAAGAGUGUUAAGCCUGUUUGGGUGGAAAAAGGAGUGAGGUCUAAGGCAGAUUCUACUAAAGGACAGGGAACUACUUCAGAGAUUAAGAUUGCAGAGGAACCAGCUCAGGAAGUGGGUAAUAGGGAAGGAGGGGAUGUCUCAGUCAUUGGUACUACUGAAGUUUCUAGUCAAGAGGAGGCUAAUGUGGAUCAAGCUAAGGAAAGGGUUUUGGAUGAUAUUUGGCAGACCCCGAAGUGUACUGCUUCCCUAAGCAAGCAUGGAUUGGGCGCUACUGAGUUUACUAAACUGGCUACAGAACAACAUCACAGGAACAAUAAAUAUGAUGUGCUUCAAGAGCAGAAGUUAGUUCAAGAAACAGUUAGAAGUAGUAAGAUUGGAAUUGGUGGUUUAUUGGAAACAAAAUUACGAGGGAAUAAAGUUGGGGAGUUUAUGGAUACUAGAUUUCCUAAUUGGGAGUUCUACUCCAGUCCGAGUAUAGAAGGGCGUUUAUUAAUUCUGUGGAGAAAGGGGAUAGCUAGAUUGACUGUGUUGGAAGAAUCUCCUCAGCAUGUUCAUUGUCAAGUUCAGUUGGUUGGCGAUAGGAGAUGUUUCUGGGUUACUUUUGUUUACGGUUUCAACACUGUAGAGAAGAGAAGAAGCCUUUGGAUGGAUUUAACCCGUAUUUCGCUUUCAGCUAAGGCUUGGAUUGUGUUGGGAGACUUUAAUGCUCCCUUUUUAGGUGGUGAUAGAUCGGGGGGUAAUGCAAUUACUGGUCAUGAGCUGGCUGAUGCUAUUGAAUGGAAAAUGAAAGCUAAUGUUCAAAGUCUCAAAGCUACAGGGUCGUUUUUCACCUGGACUAAUAAUCAAGAUGGAACAUCCCGGAUUUUUUCGAAAAUAGAUCAUGUUUUCAUUACUGAGGAGUGGUUAGACUUUUUCCCUCAGACUUUGGCUAAGUUUAGUUGGGAGGUUGUUUCGGACCACUGCUCUUGUAUUGUGUCGAAUAUUCCAGUGGUGACGAUGGGAAUUAAACUGUUUAAGUACUAUAAUUUUUGGGCUAACCACACUGAUUUCAAGCAGGCAGUUUUAAGUAACUGGGAGGUUCCUAUUCAAGCUACUAGUCUUAGAGCUGUUUUUGUUCGACUUGUUAGAUUGAAGCACAGGCUUAAGAGGUUUAACAGGGAGUGUAUUGGUGAUGUGGGGUAUUGCUACCAGCUAGCUUCGAAGGAAUUCCAAGAUGCCCAAUUUCAGGCCCAAGCUAAUCCGCUUGAUAUCAGUUUACAGGAGGUGGUUAAGAGGAAGGCCUCUGAGUUCCAUGUCCACGAAAAAAUGUAUUAUAGCUUUCUGGCUCAACGGAGUAAGAUUAGCUGGAUAAGGCAGGGAGAUAUGAACUCUGCGUUUUUCCAUGCUAUCCUUAAGAAGCGUAAGACUGAAAAUACUGUCGUUUCUUACAUUAAUGAUAAUGGUCUUCUCAUUGAUGAUUUUCAGUUGGUAAUCGACCAUUUUGUAGAGCAUUUCAGGAAUCAUUUAGGGUCCUCCAGAUCGGCCUCUGGUGUAGUGGAUCAGUGCUGUGUUGAUUUGGGUCCUAAGUUGUCUAUUGAUCAACAAUUGUCUCUCAUGUCUCCUUUCUCUAACAAGGAAAUAAAAAAGGCUUUUUUCAGUAUUCCUAGCACCAAAACUCCUGGACCUGAUGGUUUUGGAUCAGGGUUUUUCAAGCUGUUUUGGAAGGAAAUUGGUCAUGACAUAUGCUCAGCUGUCAAUCAUGGUUUUACUUCAGGAAAAUUACCUAAGGAACUUCAUGAAACGUCUAUCUCUCUGAUUCCUAAGGUGUCUAAUCCGGCUAAGGCGUCUGAUUUCAGGCCCAUUGCUUGUUGUUCGACUAUAUAUAAGGUCAUGGCUAAAUUGCUUUGUUCUCGGUUGGCCUUGGUGCUUCCUUCUCUUAUUCAGUCUAACCAAGGAGCGUUUGUUCGUGGUAGGACCAUUGCUCAUAAUAUCAUGAUUCUUCAAGAUCUUAUUAAGAAUUAUGGUAGAGCGAAUACUUCUCCCCGUUGUGCUAUAAAGAUAGACAUAAGCAAGGCGUACGACACCGUUGAUUGGUUAUUUUUGGAGAACCUAUUGAAGGCGGUUUGUUUUCCUAUGAAGUUUAUAGGUUGGGUGAUGCAAUGUGUCCGAAAUACUAACUACUUCUUGCUGUUAAAUGGCCGGGUUCAGGGCAAUUUCAAGGGAAAAAGAGGAUUACGGCAAGGGGAUCCUAUGUCUCCGCUCUUAUUUGUGAUCAUAAUGGAAUACUUGACUAGAAGCAUUCAGUGGGCUUCCAGAUCCCCUCUUUUCCGAUAUCAUCCAUUGUGUAAGAGCAUUAAUUUGAUUAAUUUGUGUUUUGCCGAUGACAUUAUUCUAUUUUGCAAAGGCAAUAUUGGGGCUGUUAAUGUUCUUAAGUGUGCUCUUGGGGUUUUUGGUGAGGCUUCUGGGCUUCAAUUAAACUUAAUGAAGUCUUUGAUUUACUUUGGAGGAGUUCCUUUAGAGGAUAAACAAGGGAUUUGUCAGCUGUUGAAUCUCACUGAAGGAUCCUUUCCUCUGCAUUACCUAGGGGUCCCUCUUAGACCUACGAAGUGGAAGCACUCGGAUUGUGAGAUCAUUAUUCAAAAAAUUAGAACUAAACUUUUCUCCUGGUCUAGCAAGCACCUUUCUUAUGCAGGUAGGCUACUUCUCAUCCAAUCUGUUAUAUUCGGUUUAUGCAAUUUCUGGAUGAAUGUAUUCAUUCUUCCUCAGAGCAUUAUUAAGGAGGUCGAUAAACUGUGUAGACAGUUCCUUUGGGGUGCUUCGGGGACUCGAAGUAAGCUUCAUUUUGCUUCAUGGCAGCAGGUGUGUUGUCCUAAGGCUUUUGGAGGCCUCGGUCUUAGAGAAGGGUCCAGUUGGAAUAGAGCUUUGUUGGCUAAGUAUAUCUGGGCAGUCACGAAUAAACAGGAUACUUUAUGGGUCAAAUGGGUGCAACACGUCUAUUUGAAGGGGGCUGAUUUUUGGAGCUAUGGGUUGAAGUUGGACACUAGUUGGAACUGGCGGAAACUGUGCCAUCUCAGAAAUAAGUUUAGUAAAAAUGAGGUGUUGGCUGCUGGUUGUUCUGGGAAGUUUAAACCAGCCUUACUCUAUAUCAGUGGUUUAAACCAGGAAAUAGCAGAGUAUAAAAGAACUAUUUGGCAUCGGUCUAUUCUUCCUAAGCAUCGAUUUAUGCUUUGGAUGGUGCUCAAUUCUUACCUAUUGACCAGAGAUAAUCUUGCCAAAGUUCAUAUGCACUUAUCUAGCUUACUGUGUCCGGUUUGUGCUGAUCAUUUGGAGAGCCACCAGCAUCUAUUUUUUGACUGCUGCUUCUCCUUAAAGGUGCUGGAGGUCAUAUUCACCUGGAUUGGUUUCCCUGCUUGGUCCCAUUUGUACUCGGCUUGGACAGUCAAUUUACAUGUUGGGUUUAGUAAUAGUCUUAGUCUCACUUUAAACUUGAUUCUAGCUGCUGUGGUUUAUAGUAUUUGGAGAAAUAGGAAUAGAUGCUUACAUGAAGGUUAUUCUUUGACUGCUUAUUGUAUAGCUAAAGAAAUUAUUACACUAGUGAAGUAUAGAUUGUAUUUGGUUCAUACCAGGACAGAUUCCCCUCAGUUUAAGCUCUUCUUACAGAAGCUUCAAUUGUAUGUAAUGUGA